UUUCUGCUGUAAACAUAACUUUUUCCGGCUUCCUUUUUAAAAAGCUUUUAUUUAAGGCUUGACUUGAUUUGUUUAAUCCGUUUUAUUGCAGCUAUAAAAGAACUAACAUUUAUUUGAGGCUCUUUUUGUAUCAUGCACCAGCCGGGAAGUAUUGCAGAAGAAUUGCCAAGUACAUCAGAAAUAGCAGUUGGCGGAGAGGUUAAGAAACCCGAUACUCAAACGGAUAAAACCUUUUCACGUUGUCAUUCAAUUGUGCUCACUGAAGACGACUAUAAGCAAACAAUUUCAGAGACUUAUCAGAAGCGUUUACAAAAUUUACGAAAGGAGUUAAAUUACAUAAGUGAAACAGACUGGAUGUAUGAGUCUUUGGACAAAAAAGGGAUAUAAAAUAUAAUCCGUUGAGGAUACACCUAAAUUAUUGAAAGUUAGAUGCACGUAAUUCUUUAACAGCAGAAAUGUUAUCGUUUUUAAAGAAUCUGUGGGACUCUAUGGAUGCUGAAAAGCAAAAACGUAUAUAUGCUGGAAAACUUGAGGACGAACAAAGGCACCUGGAUGCAGAAAUUGAAAAGGAGGAGAUUGAAAAGCACAAAAACGGCGAUGCUUCAGGUAUGCAGAAUAUAUUAGCAAGCGUGAAUAGAACACAAAAUGACAAUAAGAAAAAUGAAAAUGAGGAUAAGUGUUUCGAAAGGUUUGGCGUUAUAACUACGUUGACAAGUAACCAUGGAACUAUUGACCAUGCCAUCUUUUUCGACAUCAGCUCCGCGGGCGGAUUAGCAAGUGAGCUCAAGGUUGGGUGUCACGUAAAAUACUUGGCUUUUCAACAAACUCAUAGUGAUCACAUAAAAGUCGUACAAAUCAAGGAAGUGCCGGAAUCAUUUUGGGACGAAUCUAUGUCAACUAACGAAAAGAUUGAUGAGCAAAUAGCUGAGCUGCGUAAUGAGAAGCCAACAUUUUUCAACACGCAUCAACGUAACAUACUUGGUCUAAUAAUGGAGCGUAGACCGGGUGCUAUAAUUGUUGAUACCGAGCAUAAGCUAAUGAACAUCAAUCUAGACACAGUGGAAAUAGAUUUCAUACCACAAGCCGGCGAUCGCGUCUUCAUCUGUUGCAAUGUACAAAGUGAUGAACACUUUGUUAAUCUACAAGGUGAAAUACUACAAGAAGUGAGCGUUCAUCCGGCACGUUUACUCAAGCAAGAAAAAUGUGAAGUACGACGCCUACACGCAGACUGGGGAGUAUUAAACGAAGAUUGCUUUUUCACUUUUGAUGUCGUACCUAAUGCAUGUAAACUCAAUCUUGGUGAUAUUGUGCUUGCGGACCUGAUCGAAUGCGAACGAGAUCCAUACAUUUGGCGUGUAAUUAAGUUAGCUUUACUGGAGCGCAACCUACCACAGGCCACUACUUCCGCCACUACCGGUAUACCUAUGAAUGGGGAAAGACAUUCAACAACCAAAUCACGCAACGAAAGUAAUCAUGCAAUUACUGUUUCUGAAGAUCAACGUUGCAUUUUUUCGGCAACAUUUCAGACCCAAAAGCUUGAGAUGGUGGUUAAGAAUAAUGUAGAUCGUACGAUACGUGUACUAUCAAUAGAAUUUUUAGGUCGCCGACGUGAUUCACAAAUUAAACUUAUUGAUCCAAAUCAUAACGAUACCGCCUUUGAGUUGCCAGGCCACAGUAGUCGCACACUCGUAUUUGAAGUAGAAUCAAAAUCAUAUGGCGAAACACGCGAAGUUUUCCUUAUCAAAUUCGAAAACUUUCGCGUGAAGCGAUCCAUUGUUGUGGUGGUGUGCGAGACUGAAGCCGAAGCUGAAGUUGCGCGUGCUCAACCUAACCAAAGUAUUACAGGUAUGGGAAAUAAUGCUGGUAUGCAAAAUAUGCGACAGCGUUCACGUCACUAUGCCAAUCAAGUGUGGUCAAAUAAAGGUGAAGUAAUACCGGGUGUAGGUUUAGCCACGAAGCGUCGCUUUUUGGCACAUCGUAUUGCCUUUUAUGAAGUACCCGAGCGCUUACGCAAUGCAUACUUGACAUCAAACAGUCGGCAGGAAAUGACAGAAAGCGUAGAGAGUAUGUUUCCUUGCUUGAAAGAGGAGCUCAAUUUGAAAAACUACUCUAUACGUUUUCAAACAUUGGUCUACCUGGAAGAAAUCGAAUAUUUUAUAAACUUCCGUAAUUAUGAUCGUGAGCGUGCACAUUUCACUCGCGAUGGUGAGUUUCUAUCACUGACUAUUGAGAAUCUCUCUGAACGGCGUCCGUCACUUGUUAUUGGGGACACAGUGCGCGCCAUUAAUCCAUGGUCGAAUGAAAAUGAUAAUCGCAGCUAUGAUGGCGUCAUACACAAAGUACUUUUUAAUCGCAUUUUACUGAAAUUCAACGAUGGCUUUCAGUCCAAGUAUAACGGCGAAGAUUUUCGCUUGGAGUUCUAUUUUUCCCGCUUUGCAUUUCGUAAACAACACUAUGCAGUCAAUCGUAUAAUAAAACAUGUUGGCGAACAAUUCCUUUUUCCCUCUCGUGUGCAUACGCGUGAAGAACCGCAAUUACAAAUAGAGUUGGACAGUGACGAUAAUCUCAUUUUACACGACACAAAAUGCCCCUGGUUCAAUCCAGUUUUGAAUCCUAUACAAAAACGUGCCAUACGCAAUAUUUUGCGUGGUGAAGCGCAUAAUAUGCCUUAUGUCAUUUUCGGUCCACCCGGCACAGGCAAAACAAUGACACUCGUUGAAACGAUGUUGCAGCUAGUCAAACAUUUGCCCAGUUCGCGCUUACUUAUCGGUACACCCUCUAACGGUUCUGCGGAUUUAAUUGCUACCCGUUUAAUAGAAAGCAAACAAUUGCAACCAGGCGAUUUUGUGCGCUUGGUUUCUCAAAAUCAAAUCGAAAAGGAACUUAUACCCGAGCAUCUGAUGCCGUAUUGCGCCACUGUGGAUAUGGCAGCCGAUGGCACUUCUGACGAUUCGAUGAUCGUUACAGAAUCGGGCAUGAAAUUGCGAUGCCAAAUGAAAUAUCUCGGCCGUCAUCGCCUCACAAUCAGUACUUGCACUACUUUGGGGAAUUUCCUACAAAUGGGUUUCCCACCUGGCCAUUUUACACAUGUGCUUAUCGACGAGUCUGGCCAGUGUACUGAGCCCGAAGUGAUGGUGCCCAUAUGUUUGGUUUCACAAAAACGCGGCCAAGUUAUAUUAGCUGGUGAUCCACAUCAACUUCAAGCGAUAGUAAUCAAUCGAUAUGCCUCAGAUUGCGGCCUAUCUCUCUCUUUUUUGGAACGCAUACUAAGCCGUACGCCAUACUUGCGUGAUGUAAUGCGUUUCCCCGAUACAUCCGGUUUUGAUCCACGUUUAGUCACAAAACUACUAUAUAAUUACCGCUCAUUGCCGUCCAUACUUAAUGUGUAUAGUGAAUUGUUCUACGACUCUGAGCUGCGUCCUAUGGUGAAAGAAAAAGACUCUCGUGAAGCUGAAAAGUUGCAGAAGUUGGAUGUGCUGUUGCCACCCUCGGAGAAGCGACCCAAGUCACAUGGAAUUUUCUUUUACGGCACACGUAGUGAAAAUAAACAGGAAUCGGAUUCACCUUCGUGGUUCAAUCCAUUAGAAGCACGAAAUGUCUUCCUGAUGACCAUCAAAUUGUAUCGACAAGGCAUUAAACCUGAAAAUAUUGGUAUUAUAACGCCCUACAUGAAGCAAGUGAAACAUUUGCGCACUCUUUUCAUCGAAGCCGACAUUGCCAUGCCGAAAGUAGGCUCCGUCGAAGAAUUCCAGGGACAGGAGCGUGACAUUAUCCUUAUCUCCACAGUGCGCUCUGCAAAAAAACUGAUUAACAACGACUUGCGCCAUUCGCUCGGCUUCGUGCAGAGUGCCAAACGCAUGAAUGUCGCCAUUUCGCGUGCUCGCUAUCUCAUGUUCAUAUUUGGCAAUCCACAUUUGCUUUAUUUGGAUCACUGCUGGCGUACUUGCAUUAAAUACUGUGUGGAUAAUGAGGCAUAUUUGGGUUGUGAUUUGCCGGACGAUUUCGAAACUAGACCAGAACUCAAUGAGGAUAAUGAGACGGAAACCGAGUCUAUAGCGAAAUCUCCAUUACCUGCUUAAAGUUUACAUGUUGAGAAAAAUAUGGAAAUGGAAAGUUUGCAGGAAAUAUGGUAGCACUUACCUAUUUCCCUAUUUAGUUUUUUAUAUAUUAUAAUAUUUAGAAUUAGUUUUAAUCUUACUACCAGAAUGUUUGCUUUGUAAAAGUAGAUGUUCAACUCAUAAUUGAUUCCAAUAGAUCUUAUAUAAAAUGUAUGGGAAGUACUUGCCUUUGUCUUGUAGCUUUUGAAUUCUGCGCUAAAACUUUUAGCGGUUUUAUAAUUGACCGCGGUGAAGUAGUGAACUAAGUGUCACUAGUGCUCUGAUAUCCUAAAUUGGUUUUACUCUAAAGACAACAUUUAUAAUUUGCGGCUAACAUAACCAUGCAGACUAUCUUCAUCCACUUUUUGUGGACUCCAUCCCAUUUGAUGAAUCACAUACCCACAUAAAAUCUGAGAUCCCACUAAAGUUUAAAAUAUCUGAAUUGAAAGUAGUCAACAAAUGGAAUUAUAUUUACACAUUUUCUAUUAUAAUUGCUACUCUAUUGUUAUUGAAGCAUUUUACAACUUUUUUGUGAAUUCCUUCUAGCUUUCAUAAUUUUUGAGGUUAUAAAUUGAUGCGAUGAAUAUAAAUAAUUUUCGAGUUUUUGAGUUGCUGUUUGCAGAGUAUAAAAAUCAAUGUAAACUUCUAGUUUUCAGCCUAAGAAAUUCUAGGAAUUAUGCUUUAAGAGCGCCUAUACUAUAUACUGAAUAUAUUUUUUUAUGAUAUAUACAAAGUUUAAUAAUAAUUUUCAAAGAAUAAUCCAAAUGAGUUUAAUAAACAUUUAUUUCAAUUUGAACGUUUUAGAUAUACAUGCUCACAUACAUACAUACAUAUUAAGACAGCACAGUUGAUGCUUUAUAUCUUUCUUUGUGCUUUUUAUAAAAAGAGAAAUAAAAUAAAAUAAAAUAAAUAUUUUUGAACAAAGUGAAAAAA